GUUAAACCCUACGCUACGCACGAAGCUUCCUCCCAUAAACCCUUCGAAGCUUUUGAAGCCCCCUCUUUUGAUUCAACUCUCAUUCAAACCCUAAUUUCUGGUCCUUCGAUCAUCACUUCUUCCUCCUCCAAUGGAAGAUUCCUCCAACUCAGGUGAUGAUCGGAAGAAUACCCGUUUCUACCACCCUUACCAAGACCUACACGUUCCGAUCACAAAGCUCUACGAGCUCCCCACCGCUCCCGAGCAUCUUUUCUUCGAAGAGGCCGCCAGGCCCCACCGUUCUUGGGGCGAAAAUCUCCAGUACUAUACUGGAAUUGGCUACCUCUCUGGCGCCCUUCUCGGCGGCGCCAGAGGCUCUAUUCAGGGUCUCAGAGCGGCAGAGCCUGGCGACUCUGUCAAGCUCCGUCUCAAUCGAGUUCUCAAUUCUGGGGGCCAGCUCGGUCGGAGGGCUGGGAACUCUCUUGGGAUUCUUGGCUUGAUUUUUGCUGGUUUGGAAAGUGGGGUUAUUCAUUUGAGAGGUACUGAUGAUGUUUUGAACAGUAUUGUCGCCGGAUUGGGGACUGGUGCGCUUUACAAGGCGGCUUCCGGGCCGAGGUCAGCCGCUAUCGCCGGUGCCAUUGGAGGGAUUGCUGCUGCAGCUGCAGUUGCGGGAAAGCAGGCAGUUAAGAGAUAUGUGCCGAUAUAGGCAUUAGGAUUGCAAAUUACACAAAUCUGUUCUAACUAGAGGGAGGGUCUGCACGGGUAAAGCAUUUUUGUUUCUUCAUAAUGUUGUUGCACAGUUUAGUUUAUUCAUAACAUACUCUAUUGGAUCGCAAAUGCUCGCUCUUGUUAUUUGUAAUUGUUAUACAAUUUGUUGACUUGCCACUUAUUGAUGCCCUGGAUCAAUGGGAAACUUCUACUUUGUGUUUGAUCGAUUGAUUUCUUCCUA